CACACUCUCGUCGUCAGUUUGAAAUGAGUCGUUGUCGAGGUGAGAUCGCGCUCGUGCUGCUUCUCGUGGUACGCACGUAAUGUGCAAAUAGUGGUUUCGACUAUGAUGGAGGACCCGACGCAAGUGAUGUUCACGGAGCUGCCCGUCCCGUUGCUGUCCACCGCGGCUAUCAUCCGCCAUCACACGCGCUACCAGCCCUACCAGCGGCUGCACCAGCCCCAGCACUUCCACACGCCCGUCCAGGAGCUCCACGCGCUGCAACCCGACCUCGGCACCACGCACAUCUCGUGCCUCUAUCCCGAGAUCCUGGCCAUCAUCUUCAGCUACCUGGAGGUGCGCGACAAGGGCCGCGUAGCGCAGGUGUGCACCGCGUGGCGCGACGCCGCCUACAACAAAUCCGUGUGGCGCGGCGUCGAGGCGAAACUCCACCUCCGUCGCGCCAACCCUUCUUUGUUUGCAUCGCUGGUGAAACGCGGCAUCAAGCGUGUCCAGGUCCUCUCGCUGCGCAAAUCUCUUCGGGAUGUUAUCCAGGGCAUCCCCAACCUCGAGUCGCUCAACCUCAGCGGGUGUUACAACGUGGGCGACGUAGGUAUUUCGCACGCAUUCGUCGCCGACGCGCCCACCCUCACUGAGCUUGACCUCUCGCUAUGCAAGCAAGUCACCGACACCUCCCUCACGCGCAUCGCCCAGCACCUGAAGAACCUCGAAGUCCUCGAACUCGGGGGCUGCUCCAACGUCACCAACUCCGGCCUGAUGCUCAUCGCUUGGGGCCUCAAGAAGCUCAAAAGACUGAAUCUGCGCUCGUGCUGGCACGUCGGUGACCAGGGCAUCCAGCAUCUGGCCUCUGGCAACCCCUCGCUCGAACACCUAGGGCUCCAAGACUGUCAAAAACUCUCCGACGAGGCUCUCAAGCACGCCACCGGCUUGACGUCCCUCAUAUCCAUCAAUCUCAGUUUCUGUGUUAGUAUAACGGACAGCGGUUUGAAACACUUGGCGAAAAUGACGAAUUUACGCGAGUUAAAUUUGCGCUCGUGUGAUAACAUCUCCGAUACGGGAAUGGCGUUCCUCGCCGAAGGCGGUUCGAGGAUUUCCUCGUUAGACGUCUCGUUUUGUGAUAAAAUUGGCGACCAAGCGCUUGUGCACAUUUCGCAAGGACUGUUCAAUUUGAAAAAUUUGUUGCUGAGUGCGUGUCAAAUCUCGGAUGAAGGUCUCGCCAAAAUCGCGAAUUCGCUCCACGACCUGGAGACGCUCAAUAUUGGACAGUGUAGUCGAGUGACGGAUAAAGGGUUGACGACGAUCGCCGAAUCGCUCCUAAGACUCAAGUGCAUCGAUUUGUACGGCUGCACCAGGAUAACGACGGUAGGACUCGAACGAAUUAUGAAAUUGCCGCAGUUGAGUGUCCUCAAUUUGGGGCUGUGGCACGUUAGGUGAAACGUAUUUGUUGAAAUUUGCGCCCUCCGAAGGAAACGAGCUCGAGAUGACCAAAACGCAUUCAUUCCCAAAUCUCGACUGAAUUCCAGACGACGGCGAUUUAAUGCUGUGAUAGAAUUUAAACGAAUGACGUAAAGUUCGACUAAAGUGAAAUUAAACGUAAGCAUCGUAACCAAUGAGAACUGAUUUUCAAUAAGAUUUGACACUGCUACAGGCCUUGGAAUUUUUUUUCGAAACCUUCACUAGCACGUAGCACCACAAAUUUUGCAAUAUUAUACAUCGAAUUGUGAUUUGUUUCUUUCGAAAAAUGUGAUAGCGGUUAAACAAUCAUUUUCGAAAACGUUAAGUUUGAAUUUCAACACUUUGUUAGCCGGUUAUACGUAUUUUGUUCCGUUUUUGCUUUCUCAUAUGUUAGUUGUUCAGUUUUUUUGUGGUGCAGAACUUUGUUUAUAAACAAUUUUUCAAACUGUAAAAAUGUACAGUGAUCAUUAUAGUAUUUGUAAAUAAACGUAAAGUUAUCAAUAUUUGUUACUAUUACGUUAUGUUUUUAUAAAUUAAACAAAUUUAAACUUAAUAAAGUUUUUAUCA